UAGCAGAGCAGUUCUCAAACUCAGCUAAAGUCGCGUGCAUUGCAAGCGGAACGCAAUCGAAACCGUUCGUGCCGAGGAACAAAUUUAGCUGUAGUGAAAAAAAUUGCCAGGCAAAAAAGUGUACCAUUUUUCGAGUGAUAAAUAAGAGGAUCUCUGCCGAGCGAUAUUGCCGAAAAUUGCCAAUUACGCGGUCUAAUUUACCCAGGCAGUGAUAAUAUGUCCAGCCACCCGUCUGUCCCCCGGUUGGAGGCGAGUGCGGCAUAAGUGAAGCCGAAGGACACUGCAAAAGCCCCGCCGACGAGAUGCCGCCGCUGUGCAUGCGACAUACCGAAGCAAUUGCCGUCAGCAGCAGCACCACCACCACCAACAGCAUCCUUGAAAGCUUUGCGCCCUCUACCAGAAGGAACAGCACUACUACAGGCGCUGCCACUCACUGAUGAGGAGGGGCAGGCAGUUGCACUUGCAGUCGCAGUCGCAGCAUGGAAUGCAUCAAAGGUGGCAGAAGUAUAAAUAACACAAGGACAUGGGCGGCGCAACGAACGCGACGAGGACAAAGGCCCACGGCAACGGUAACGGUAACGGCGUGUGUGAGAGCAACGGUGAAAGCACCAUCAUCCAUUGCGAGCUAUGACCGUGCAGCUAGGCCACUAGGUUCUUCCCAUCAUUGCGGCUAAAUGACGAGAUUCGGAUCCAUAGUCGAGGGACAUUAUUUGUAAUGCAAUCAGGACAAGGAAAGUGCUAAGUGAAUUGUGCCGUGCCCAAAAAAACUUAAGUGCCAGUGCCGCAAAGGCGGGAGUGGAGUGACAAACCGUUACGUGGCAGAGAGCGCGAGAGCGAGUGCAAGAGAGGUGUCGGGUGUCUUGUUGUUGGCGCUUAACCCAAUUUUAAAAGUUUGUCCUUUGAACGAAACGGACAGCACAGCAAGCCAGCAGGGUGCGCGUGGCACAUAUGGAAGGCAGCGGCCGGACAAGUUGCAGGUGCAGCCAGAACCCCAGCAGCCACAGCAGCCGCAGCAGCAGUAAGCAGCUAUACCGCAAGCGGAGGCGCCGUCAGUGAAUGCCAGCCACAUUGCCAAUAAAAUCAACCUCGCCUAAAUGAAGAAUGAAGAAACAAAAUGUGCGCACGAUAUCCUUGAUCGUGUGUACAUUUACGUAUCUGCUUGUCGGCGCCGCUGUCUUUGACGCACUUGAAUCGGAAACGGAGAAGCGUCGCUGGGAGGCGCUGCAAGAUGCCGAGGACAUGAUAAUACGCAAGUACAGUAUAUCGCCGGAAGAUUUCAAAGUCAUGGAGACGGUGGUGCUCAAAUCGGAAUCGCACAAGGCCGGCCAACAAUGGAAGUUCACCGGCGCAUUCUAUUAUGCAACCACAGUGCUAACCACCAUAGGCUAUGGACAUUCAACACCCAGCACCGUGGGCGGGAAGCUCUUCACCAUGUGCUAUGCCAUUGUGGGUAUUCCCCUGGGUCUCGUUAUGUUCCAGAGCAUCGGAGAAAGAGUGAAUAGACUGAGCAGCUAUGUUAUCCAAGUAGUUCGCACAUCGCUGCGUUGCAAGCGAACUGUCGCCUCGGAGGUGGACCUCAUUUGCGUUGUGACGACGCUUAGUUCGCUGACGAUAGCGGGAGGUGCUGCAGCCUUUUCAAAAUUUGAGGGCUGGAGCUACUUUGAUUCAGUAUAUUACUGUUUUAUUACUUUAACUACAAUAGGCUUUGGCGAUAUGGUAGCCCUACAAAGGGACAACGCACUGAAUAGAAAGCCGGAGUACGUGAUGUUCGCACUGAUAUUUAUACUAUUUGGCCUGGCAAUCGUGGCCGCUUCGCUGAACUUGCUAGUGCUUAGGUUUGUUACAAUGAACACCGAAGAUGAGCGACGCGACGAGGCGCAGGCCAUGCAGGCACUGCAAGUGGCUGUUAAACUGGAGGGCGACGUGAUAACAUCCAACGGAUCCAUACUGAGCGGCUACGAGGGAAACGACGGCCAAUCGCUGAACGGAUCAAGUGCGUCGUCCAUGUGCUCGUGCCAUUGUAUUUGUCUUAAUAGAAACCGACAUAAAAAGAGUAACCACUUAGGGAGGAACAAUGAUACUGAGAAUCAGUACCGGCUACAGCGAUCGCCCACACACAUAAGGCACCUGCUGCCCGAAGUGGUUCCCAUGCAGGAUUUGAACUACGACUACGAUACACAAAGUGUGCACUCAAUGCCGGAUCGCGGGAUCAUGGAUAGUAACUACAUGGGCGUCGAUAUGGUGGACACGGCAAGCAUCGGAUCCCCGUUGCGGCCACAGCAAUUGCUCAAGCGCAACGUCUCACUACUAUCAUUUCGCAUCUAGGAGGAGGACGAGGUGAGGUAUUGGAUGGUAUUCCAGUGGCAGCCAAAAACAGGAGCAUUCGCACAGUGAGGAUAAACAGGGGGAGCAGAAAGCAGGAACAACGAAGUGGCGGCCCCACCCCUUGGACCUGCCCUCGCCAAAAACGACUUACAACUUGAAAGUGAUAAAAAGGCUCUAAUAGUACUUAAAACUUAUUUAGAUUCGAAACCGAAUGUAGGACGAGAUGGGAGUUAUGGGAGGAUUAUUGAAAUGCGCAAUUUAUGUGCGCACCGAUGCGAUGCUAUUUAUGUGCAUUUACAAUGUAAAUAAGUGCAUAGAGAUCUAUAAAACUUGCAGUAGGC